GUAUUCUUGUUUCCUUACGCCAAGGGUCUAGUGGAAACAACCUCAUAGGGUAGGGAUAAGGUCUGUGUACACAUUACCUUCCCCAGACUCCACUUGUGAGAUUAUACUGGAUUUGGUGUUGAUGGUGUUGUUGAGGCAUCCAUUUGACGCUUCAAAAUGGGGUCGAAUCUGCCGGUUUCUCUCUAAGGACGGUAUCGUGGAUCAAAAGCAUAUAGUUGAGCCCGUGGAGGCAACAAAAGAUGAUCUGCUAGUGGUGCAUUCAGAAUCAUACUUGAAAAGUUUGAAUAGCAGCUUGAAUGUCUCCAAGAUUGUUGAGGUCCCUCCUGUUGCGAUGCUUCCCAAUUGCCUUGUGCAACAGAAAGUGCUUCGCCCUUUCCGCAAGCAGGUGGGAGGAACAAUCUUGGCUGCAAAGCUUGCAAAAGAACGAGGAUGGGCUAUUAACGUUGGUGGUGGAUUUCAUCAUUGUUCAUCAGAGAGGGGAGGCGGUUUUUGUGUUUAUGCUGAUAUAUCUCUUUGUAUACAUUUUGCAUAUGUGCAUUUAAAUAUCUCAAGAGUCAUGAUAAUCGACCUUGAUGCACACCAAGGAAAUGGCCAUGAAAUGGACUUCUCCGAGGACACAAGAGUCUUUAUCCUUGAUAUGUACAAUCCUGGAAUUUAUCCACUUGAUUUUGAAGCCAGGCGGUACAUUGAUCUAGGAGUCGAAGUUAAGAGUGGGACUGCAACAGAUGAAUACUUGACUAAGCUAGAUCAUGCACUUGAGGUUGCGGAGAAGAAAUUUGAUCCCGAUUUUAUCGUCUAUAAUGCUGGCACUGAUAUUUUGGAUGGGGAUCCACUUGGCAGGUUGAAGAUCAGUCCUGAUGGCAUUGCUAGUAGGGACGAAAAGGUUUUCAGGUUUGCUCGAGAGAGAAACACCCCCCUCAUCAUGCUCACAUCAGGCGGUUACAUGAAAUCCAGUGCCAGAGUUAUUGCUGAUUCAAUCAUAAAUCUCUCUGAGAAAUCCCUUAUAGACAUGAAAAGUUUACCAGCUGGAAAAGCAUAGUAGGUGAAUAUCCUUUGGGCUACUUUGGAAGGCCUGUGAUUUGAACCAUGUUCAUUUGUGUUUCUAAGAAAAGAGAAUAAUUUCCCUUUAUAGUGGUUGCAUGUAUAUAUGCUACUGCGAUGCAAGAUGAGGGAAAAAGCGAGAAUGUUAAGAUUUGUGCACCUUAAUGCAUUUUGCUUAAGAAUGUAAAUUAUAUAUGUUGCUAGUUCGUAUAUGUAGGAACUCAUGCAUCUUGUUAUCUUCAACGCAUCAGGAUGUGGUAUAUAUGAAGGAGAAGCAUGAUUCCUGUUAUGACUCAA